UCUUUGGGUCUCACAGUCCUGCUUGUCAGCCAAUAGAAGCUCUGCAUACAGUAUAGCUGCACCUGAAAAUUUCUACUCAUCACAUGACCCAUACCGUUGUGUAGGCCAUAUUUGACAGUGGGCAGAUUAGUGCAAGGUAGAGAGUGAGUGCAUGAAGAUUGUUCUGUUGGCAUAUUAAGGAACCUGUAAAUACUCCACAUUAAAAUGGCGAUUGAUCAAGAACAUCCCGUGUACGGACCCUUCUUUGGUGUAAUGGGUGCCGCGUCGGCGAUCGUUUUCAGUGCCCUUGGUGCAGCAUAUGGCACGGCAAAAUCAGGCACUGGUAUUGCUGCUAUGUCAGUGAUGAGACCAGAACUUAUUAUGAAAUCCAUCAUUCCUGUAGUCAUGGCAGGUAUUCUCGCCAUCUACGGUCUGGUCGUGGCCGUACUGAUAGCUGGCGCACUAGAGGAACCUGACAAAUACUCUCUUUUCAAGGGGUUUGUCCACUUGGGCGCGGGGCUCGCCGUAGGAUUCAGCGGGUUGGCCGCCGGAUUUGCCAUAGGUAUCGUCGGCGAUGCCGGUGUCAGAGGCACGGCCCAGCAGCCCCGUCUCUUUGUGGGAAUGAUUCUGAUCCUCAUUUUCGCUGAGGUGUUGGGUCUUUACGGACUCAUUGUUGCCAUCUACCUGUACACCAAAUAAACUGUUGAUCCUUGUUAUGAGUUCCCAUCAUUCACGUGUAAGAAAAGUAAUUUGUUGCGGGCGGGCGGAAGUCACCUUAACAUGAUGGGUUUUGGCUGUAUUUCUCACCAUGAGUUGACUUCCAAGGCCACAUCCUCAUUUGUAAAAUAAUUAUCAUAGCCUAGUUUAAUUGGCACUUGAAUGGAAAGUAUCACUUUUUUUUUAUAUAAAUACUGGAUGUUAUAUACAAGCAUAUGUUCCCAUUCAGAGAUGUGUGUUGAUUAAAAGUUGAGCAGUACCGUCGAGUUUGUAGCUAUUUCGUGUGUCGCCAUCUGGGUUGAGCUCAGUGAGUGCGUUAACGUGCACAUAGUUCUAGAUAAGAUGUACAUUUGAAGUCAAUAUUUAUAAUGCAGAGUCCCGAUUGCGAUGUGAAUUGCGAAACAUUUGAACAACACAUUUCUUUUGUAGAGUGGUGGAUGAACAUUGCUUGAAUGAAUCUGUGUAUUCUGUAUCUUAUGAUGUCCUGUCUCGUGUUUUGUCUGGAGUGAGGAGAUUUGCUACAGAAUCGCCGCCACUCGCCACAGAUGAGAAGAGAGAACUGAUGUUAGUGUCUGUGGUCUAGCUUUUGGUGUGACUGAAAGUAAUUGUAGCUCUAUAAAUAAAUAUAAAGACACUCAUAACAAAACUUUGGUUGUAGUUGUAAAAGAAAUGCAAGAUAGAAGUUGGGUAGUUCACUUAUUUCCACAAAUAUUCUUAAAAUGGGGAAUGAGGGUUUAACAAUAUGUGUACAUUCCAUUUGCUGCUCUGCUGACGUCCGAGGUAUAGGGCGAUACAUCACCAUGAUUAAUGAUUUUCUGCUGGACAUCCACCGUAGGCGUGUUUCGAACUUGAAGACUUGGAUCGAGCGACUUCUGAGUAAUCGCGGGAAACCUUUAAGUUCUGGUAUUUGUGUAUGGUGUAUAUGUCUGACCCACGGACAGACCGUGUCGAUCUACUACCGUUACUGGCAAAAAUGAUUUUUCUUCCUUGUUGCCAAACUCAUGUUCAUAAUUUUUGUCGACACUGAUAAUCUUAUAUUGAGCAGUUGGUUUGGCUGUAGGUGGUAUAGUUUGGUCAGAAAGUUGUAAACAAAUUUAUUAUUUUGUGUAGAUGUGAACUGUGUAUUCCGAUACCAUUUACUGGUGUAAUUCUUGUAUGUUAGCAGGCAACCUGCUCUUUUUAGCUUCGGCACAAAUAUUUCAGACACGGUGUUUAAAAGCAGAAGAUUUCUGUGUUCUUCCACGUUUUAGCUGUGGGUUGGGGUGUAUUAAUUCUUUUCUUGACCCAAGAUUAUUUUGAAAAGCUUCACAUAUGGCUGUGCAUGAUAUUAUGUUUCACGUAAAAUCUUCAGCUGUCCGCAGCCGUGGUUUCAAGUAAGCGUAACAGUAGCUCUUGGGUAUGUAGUCUAGAGCACAUGAAAUGUUUUUAAACAACCUUAAAUUGAAAUUGUUUACCUGGUGUAUGAAUAGCACGUGUCUGUUAUUGGUGUAUGAAUGAGAUUAUGACGGAAAUAAAAAAAAUGAGAAAAUGAU